UUUCCAAUUUAUAAAUUAUAUUUGGUUGGAGGGGCAGAAACAGAUAGUGUUGUAAUGGAGACUCAUCAAGAAGACACAUUGCUCUUAGAACACCAUCUUCUUCUUCCACAGACACAAAACUGCAAAAUCUAUGCAGGAGAUGCUUCAGUUGACAUUAAGGGGAACCCUGUUCUAAAAGCAAAUACUGGAACCUGGAAAGCUUGUCCCUUUAUACUUAGUACUGAAUGUUGUGAACGGUUGGCCUACUAUGGGAUUGCCAUAAAUCUUGUGAGCUAUCUCACAAAAUAUUUGCAUGAAGGAAAUGCCUCUGCUGCUACAAACAUCACCACUUGGGCAGGCACCUGUUACCUUACUCCCCUUAUUGGAGCUUUCCUGGCAGAUGCAUACUGGGGAAGAUAUUGGACCAUUGCUGCCUUCUCAACCAUUUAUUUCAUUGGAAUGUGCACAUUGACUCUAUCAGCUUCUGUUCCUGCUUUAAGGCCUGCUGGGUGUGAGGGCUCUGUGUGCCCUUCUGCUACUCCUGCCCAGAAUGCUGUAUUCUUUCUUGGCCUCUAUCUGAUAGCGCUAGGAACCGGUGGGAUUAAACCGUGUGUUUCAUCAUUCGGUGCUGAUCAGUUUGAUGACACUGAUCCAUCAGAAAGGCCUAAGAAGGGGUCCUUCUUCAACUGGUACUAUUUUUCAAUCAACAUUGGCGCUUUAGCCUCGAGUACUAUAAUUGUCUGGAUCCAAGAGAAUGCAGGGUGGGGGAUCGGGUUUGGCAUUCCUACUCUUUUCAUGGCCAUUGCUAUUGCGAGUUUCUUCUCGGGCACGCCCCUUUACAGGUUUCAGAAACCCGGGGGGAGUCCUCUAACAAGAAUUUGUAGUGUAACACAAGUUGAAGAAUUGAAGAGAUUGGUUCAAAUGUUGCCUAUAUGGGCUACUGGGAUAGUGUUUUUUGCUGUCCAUGUCCAACUGCCCACACUGUCUAUACUGCAGGGAAUGACAAUGGACACCACAAUCGGUUCGUUCAACAUCCCAGCAGCCUCGCUUUCUAGUUUCAACGUUAUCAGCGUCCUAGUCUGUGUCCCAAUCUACGACAGGGUCCUCGUCCCCGUGGCCAAGAAAAUCACGGGGACCGAAAGGGGACUCUCUGAGCUGCAACGAAUGGGGGUCGGGAUUUGCAUAUCGACCUCGUGUAUGUUGGGGGCUGCAUUGGUCGAGACGAGGCGACUAGAGCUUGCACGAGGCCUCGGGCUGGUGCCAAUGAGCAUCAUGUGGCAGGUGCCUCAGUAUUUCUUGAUGGGAGCUGCAGAGGUGUUUACGUGCAUCGGGCAGAUGGAGUUCUUCUAUGAUCAAUCGCCCGAUUCGAUGCGAAGCUCGAGCACUGCCUUGGCACUGCUCACCACUUCCCUGGGAGCCUACUUGAGCUCAUUUAUGAUCAGUGUUGUCUCAUCUGUUACUGGGUGGAUUCCUGAUAACUUGAACCAGGGACACCUUGAUUAUUACUUCUUGUUAUUGGCUUUCAUUGGCUUCUUAAACAUGGUGGCUUACCUCUUCUGUUCCAAGUUGUAUGUAUCAAAAUCCAAACAGGUAUCUUAGUGUUUACACCCCCUUAGCUUGUGCUCUUAUAAUUCUUGUAUCUAAAUCAAACCAGUAUGAUACCCGUGCGAUGCACGAGAUGGAUAUUGUUCAUCUUAUUGUGUAAUUGUGUGAAAAAUUUAAGAGAUGAUGUAAUAUAUAAAAAGUUGGAAC